GGAUGAAAACAAACACUAACGAUGGCGGCGCCGGGAAGCUACCGGCUGCUGCGUGUAAGACGGGAGUGAUCGUUGAAACGGUGAGCAGCUUUCAAGAGUUCGCAUCGACGUGAUUGGCACAAUUGGCUCAGUCCUGGGAGUUAAACGCCAGGAUCUGUCAAUCAGGAGCCUCCUGAGGUUUGAGGUAUCUAUCUCCGACCAGUGCUGUCACCACAGCCCCGGAGCGCGGAGCCCCCUGGCAGGAGGCGCAGCUGGCCCGUCCCAGGCCCCAGCCUCCGUAAUGAGAGUCCCGAGUCACUCUCUGUGUCGCAGCUUCACAGGUGAGGGUGACUGUUGACUAGUGAAAAAAGGGACCCAAGGUUCACGACUAUCUUACUGGCAGUGGAAGGACCUCUGGAAAUCUGCGAUCCAUUCUCAUUAAAUAAAUCACUGGAUUCCUAUAGGCAAUGGAAACUGAUCUCAAUUCCCAGGACAGAAAGGACCUGGACAAGUUCAUUAAAUUUUUUGCUCUCAAGACUGUCCAAGUAAUUGUCCAGGCUCGACUCGGUGAGAAGAUCUGUACGCAUUCGUCUUCAUCCCCAACAGGUUCAGACUGGUUCAAUUUGGCAAUCAAAGACAUCCCUGAGGUCACACAUGAAGCUAAAAAGGCACUGGCAGGGCAGCUGCCUGCUGUCGGGAGGUCUAUGUGUGUGGAGAUCUCUCUCAAGACUUCUGAGGGAGAUUCCAUGGAGCUAGAGAUUUGGUGUCUUGAAAUGAAUGAAAAGUGUGACAAAGAAAUUAAAGUUUCCUACACAGUAUACAACAGACUGUCAUUGCUGCUGAAGUCUCUCCUUGCUAUUACUAGAGUGACCCCGGCCUAUAGACUCUCCAGAAAACAAGGGCAUGAAUAUGUCAUAUUGUACAGGAUAUAUUUUGGAGAAGUUCAGCUAAACGGCUUAGGAGAAGGUUUCCAGACAGUUCGUGUUGGAACCGUGGGCACACCUGUGGGAACCAUCACUCUUUCUUGUGCUUACAGAAUUAACUUGGCAUUCAUGUCCACCAGGCAAUUUGAGAGGACACCACCUAUUAUGGGCAUUAUCAUUGAUCAUUUUGUGGACCGUCCCUACCCCAGCGCCUCACCCAUGCAUCCCUGCAAUUACAGAACUGCUGGUGAGGACACUGGAGUAACUUACCCUUCUGUGGAAGACUCUCAAGAAGUGUGUACCACUUCGUUUUCCACCUCUCCUCCAUCGCAGUGUGUGUUUACUGUCACAAAGGCACAUUUUCAGACCCCUACUCCUGUGGUGACGGACACCCUGAGGGUCCCCAUGGCAGGACUGGCCUUUUCCCAUCAACUCUCAAGCUCUCGCCUUUCCUGUCAGCCUGCCGCCCUGGGCGUUGGACCGGCUGACCUGGCUUACCCAGUAGUGUUUGCUGCUGGCCUAACUGCCGCCCACCCUCACCAGCUAAUGGUUCCUGGGAAGGAAAGUGGGGUACCACUUGCUCCCAACCAGCCUGCCCAUGGUGCCCAAGCUGACCAAGAGAGACUGGCGACCUACACCCCUUCUGACGGGGCCCACUGUGCUGCCACACCUUCUAGCAGCGAGGAUACUGAAACCGUGUCAAACAGCAGCGAGGGGCGCGCCUCCCCGCACGAUGUCUUGGAGACCAUCUUUGUCCGCAAAGUAGGGGCUUUUGUCAACAAACCCAUCAAUCAGGUGACCCUGACCAGUUUGGACGUGCCCUUUGCCAUGUUUGCUCCCAAGAACUUGGAGCUGGAGGACGCAGACCCCAUGGUGAACCCACCCGAUUCCCCAGAGCCGGACUCUCCUCUCCAGGGGAGCCUGCACUCCAAUGGCUCCAGCAGGGGCAGCAACGGCAGUUCUCACGAUGAUUUCGUCAUGAUUGAUUUGAAACCGGCCUUUUCUAAAGACGACAUUCUUCCAAUGGACUUGGGGACCUUCUAUCGUGAGUUUCAGAACCCUCCUCAGCUGAGCAGCCUCUCAGUAGACAUCGGCGCACAGUCCAUGGCCGAAGACUUGGACUCACUACCAGAGAAACUGGCUGUGCACGAGAAGAAUGUCCGAGAAUUUGAUGCCUUUGUAGAAACCCUGCAGUAAAAGUUGGUGUCUGCCAGUACCAGCAGCGGCCCCUAUGUGAUCCCAGGAGACAGCUUCCCACUCAUCAGCUGCUUCCAUCCCUCAUCCUGCUCCUAGCUGGGCGGAGGAGAGGCUGGUUUCCCCCAUGGGGACCUAGAAGCCCCGCUCUUGCACCUCCUGGAGACUCCGUGACAGCAGCCAAGCCCAGCAGCAUCUGAGAGAACGCGCCCUCCGGCCUCGGAGGUGGGAAGACCCUGUGUCACCAGAGGGCCCUCAGCCAGCCGUGUGCUUCCUCAGCGUCAUCGUCAGCUGCUCCACACAGGCUGCUUCGCUUGUCCUGCUGCCAGCCUCCUGUCCGGGGUCGGCCUUACCGCUGGCCCCUCUCCCGCCUGCCAUACCAUCAACCACGCGACGUUCCGGCUGGUGGCCCAGAGGCCGGCACGGAGGCAGAAAGAGGAAGGAGACAGUGCUGGGAGGGGGAAGGAAGGCCCUCUGCGCUGUCUCCAGCGUUACUUCUGGCCUGUGUCUGCACCUCUGGCAGCGUGACAGCCUCCGCCCACGGGGACAAGGACUCCACAGUCGGCCCUUCCCACCAGAGGUGGUCAGAGGGCCCGUGCGGCCCUGGUGGCUGCCUGCGCCCAGCUCCUCCGCUGCACGGCCAGGGUCCGGUGGUGUUGGGAGUCACAGCACAUCUUUCGUCUCUCCUCCUCCUGCUGCUGCUCCUUGGUUCUAGAACACAGUAAAUAUUUAUUACUUUCAGAGAAAUCAGAUAUUUUAUAGAGAAAAUAUGCUUGAGGUUAGCCAGACGGCUCACAUUUGGGGAAGGCGAGGGCCUCUUCCCAGGCAGGGCCUCCUCCAGCGGCGGCUCCUCUGAUCCCGGGCUGCUGCUCUGAGCAUCCUCCUGUCCGUACGUGUAAGGCAUCGUGCAAGCAUGGGCUGGCUCAGGGCAACAGCCUCUCAGCCCAUGCAUUUGAACUGACCACAGGGUUCACCUUGGACACCUACAUGUUCUUGGUGAGAACCUCGACUCCAGCCUCUGCAGUGACCGACUGCCCUGGCAGCCUGUUGGGUCUCAGGUGCAGACUGUGACACAGCUUGCCCUCCCCCGCCCCUGCUGGGGAAGGGGGGGCACAGUGGCCCUCCUAGGGCACCUGUUCCUGUUGAUCCGGGCUGGACUAUGGGCUACUUCCCUCAGCCUGCACCUGGCUACUUCCCCACUCCCGGGGCAUGCACCCUGCCCCGGGCUUAUGGGUUGGAUCGGUUCCUUGUUGAGAAACCAGAGCUGGGCAUAGAUUGACUUAGCCUCCAGGUCUUGUUACUUGAAUGAGUCAAGUGCCUAGCUCCCCCCACCGGCCGUCAGGCCCUCUCCCAGCCUAACUGGUGGUCCCGGCCGAGGAGCACGAGCCCCGCCGGCCCCCUGCCCGGCCCGCAGGGGCUCCUUGGCAGCAGCUGGUCUUGAGCAGAGCAGGCCUGGGCUGCUUGUCAGUAAACUACGCAGCGGCACUUCCGCCUCCAGGCUGACCUCCGGGCAGGAUCAGCGGAUGCUGUCUCAGCCGAGGCUGAGCCCUGCCUGUGCAUGCCUCCUGCUGUCACAAAAGUGUCCCAGUGGCCCCUACUAGCUUUGGCCAGAGCACACCAUGGCCUGCUGAACCACCCAAAGGCGCCGCCGAGGCUCUGGGUAGGUUACUGAUUGACACCCCCACCCCCAGGAUCUCAGCCGCUACCCUCCUUCCAAGGCCUUGCAUGAAAGGCCUGUGAGCCGUUGUCCAGAACAGUUCCCUUUGACCCCUACUUGUUGGCCCUGCAGGCAGCAGCCCUUCUCAGGACCCCACCAGUGGAAGGACAGGGAGGCUGAGCCCUGACCUGGCUGAGCCUGGCAGGAGUGGAGCAGCCGGCGAGGCCAGCCCUGCCCUCGGCCCUAGCAGUAAAGGAGUGAAGCCUGGGCUGACUCCCGCAGCACCCCGGGACAGGGCAGGGCCAGCCUGCCUCCAGAGCAGCCCCCGUCCUCCAGUCUACCUUGUAUGGAAAUACUGAGCUAUACUUUACAAUGUAUUAAGAGGUUUCCAAUAAAAUUUUUCUGUACUUUA